AUGGAAGAACUAAAAUCUGAAAAUGAAAUUCUCAAGAAACAGAUGCUGAAUUUCUCUGGGAAAGGAGCAUUUCUUCUAUGGGACAUGUUUAAGAAUGAUCGCUUCAUCAUGAACGGGGAGUGGACCCAGGAUGAGGCUGCUCAGGUUAUGUACCAUUGCACAUUUGGCACCUUCAAGGAAGACCUUGGUAUUCUUGGGGAAAUGACUAACCAGGGGAACUGGUUUACGAGGGAAGAUCUUGGUGGCUCCAGAAAUGUGAGGUUCAGCGAAGAAUUUUUUGAAAAUAUUUCCAAAAAACUAGGUGGAUCAUCCGGAGGGAGGACUAUCCAGCAGCUUACAUCCAGCUUAUCGGAUCUUCUGGACAAGCUCUUACAGAAACUCAGGAACGAUGGAGGGCUGAUGGAGAUGGGGACCACCUCUUGGUUUUUGAUGGAGGACACGGACGAGGAAAAAAUCCAAACACCAUCGAAUUUUGAAGCAAGCGCACGUGGAAAGUUCUUCUUAGGCAAGAAAACCCCAAAUAGCUCUACAGUACAUGGUGUACUGAUAGUUGUAUUUUCGAUGUGUUUAACAUUCUGUAUGUUGGGCGAGUUGACAAGAUGUUAUGUAUGUAGAUCAUCCGGAGGGAGGACUAUCCAGCAGCUUACAUCCAGCUUAUCAGAUCUUCUGGACAAGCUCUCACAAAAACUCAGGGACGAUGGAGGGCUGCUGGAGAUGGGGACCACCUCUUGGUUUUUGAUGGAGGACACGGACGAGGAGAAGAUCCAAACACCAUCGAAUUUUGUAGCAAGCGCACGUGGAAAGUUCUUCUAA